CCUCAAUCAGAGCCUUCUGUCGCAGCCUCCUUCAAGCUGCUGAGCAAUUUGUCGACUUAGAUAGAGAGAAGAAGAACUAAAAAUGGUCCAAAGACUUACAUAUCGCAAGCGGCAUAGCUACGCAACUAAGUCGAACCAGCACCGGGUCGUUAAAACCCCUGGUGGGAAAUUGGUUUAUCAGAGCACGAAGAAGAGAGCGAGUGGACCCAAAUGUCCUGUCACUGGCAAGAGAAUUCAAGGAAUUCCUCAUUUGCGACCUGCUGAAUACAAGAGGUCUAGAUUGUCUAGGAACCGCAGGACUGUGAAUCGUGCUUAUGGUGGUGUUUUGUCUGGCAGUGCCGUUAGGGAGAGGAUAAUUCGAGCCUUCUUGGUGGAAGAGCAAAAGAUUGUGAAGAAGGUCUUGAAGAUUCAGAAGGCAAAGGAAAAGAUAGCCUCAAAGAGCUGAAAUGUGAUUUAGGGGACAGCAUUGCUUUAGAUAAAUUUUGUUUGUGGCUAUGAUGAAAUCAGAAAAUGGAGUUGUAAUGCAUCGAAAAUUAGCUUGGUUGAAGAUCAAUCACUUGUACUUUGUUUUUUGAAUUUUUCCUUCAGGUGCAAAUUGUUUUGAGUAUGUUGUUUUUAUGAUGACUUUUUGAUUGUUAAGGUACAUCACACAUUAUUGAAUCUUCUAUAAUAGCCUAGUUUGUGUUCUAUUU